AUGUCUUCGCAGACUAUUGUCCUCAUCUCAGGUGCAAAUCGCGGCCUGGGAUUUGAAGCAGCAAAGUGCCUCGUUCAUCUGGCCAAUUACCAUAUCAUCCUCGGUAGCCGUGAUCUUCUCAAAGCCGACAAGGCAGCAGACACUCUCCACGCCCUGCCCAAUCUCAAGUGCAGCGUCUCUACAGUUCAGCUUGACGUGACCGACAAAUCCUCCAUCACGGCCGCAAAGAGCUACAUUGAAGCGACCUUCUCCCGCCUCGACAUUCUCGUCAACAAUGCCGCCAUCUACCUUCUCAAUCCCACUUCUUCCGUCGACGCUCUCCGCGCAUCCUUGGACACUAAUGUGAUUGGCGUCGUUGCUCUUACUGAAGAGCUUCUUCCACUGCUCAGAAAGUCGGCAAGCCCUCGGUUGAUUCUAGUCAGCUCCUCUAAUGGGUCACUGGAAUAUAAUUCCGACCCAAGCUCCCCGCACGGAGGGACCUGGGCAAUGGAGUAUCGCGUGACCAAGGCGGCGUUAAAUAUGCUGCUUGUGCAGUACCAUGCUAGUCUAAAGGAAAUCACAGUACUCGGCGUUGACCCUGGGUUUAGUGCGACCGAAGUUAUUGGGGACGCGGACGCGCUGAGGAAGAUGGGCGCUGCUGAACCAGAGGUUGGAGGGGAGAUCAUUGCUUCCGUUGUUAGGGGAGAGAAGGGUCAGCCUGGACGGAUAUAUGGCCCUCAAGGGAUUGUGCCGUGGUGA